GUAUUUUGGUUGAUGGAAAGCAAAAGAAGUAUGAACAUAAGAGUUAACUCGGCAAGGCAGCAUCAUGAGCUCUACUACCCACGUCCACACCCAAUCCCAACCACUUCAAGCUGCAAAGGGUGCUGUUGCUGUCUCUUCCUCCUCUUCUCCUUCUGCGCUCUCUUACUCCUCGCCGCACUUCUAGUCAUCGUACUUGCCGUUAAGCCCAAAAGGCCCCACCUCCACAUUCGCCAAGCCGCCCUCCAAUACAUGGCCCAAUCCUACCACCCAGGCCCAGGCCCAGGCCCAGGCCCAGGCCCCCCCAAUCUCUACCUCAUGAUCCGGUUGGUGUUUGCGGUGGUGAACCCGAACGGGGUUGGGAUGAGGUGCGGCGAGUCCAGGGUGACCCUCCUGUACCGCGGGACCCCCUUAGGCAAUGCGAGCGUGUCGGGGUUCUGGCAGCGCCCCCACAGCGUGAAGGAGGUGGUGGCCACCGUCGGCGUGGAUGACGUGAACUUGUCUAACUCUAACGCCGACGCCGCUGACUUCACAAGAGACGCCUUCCUCAAUGACAGGGUCGAGCUUCUCCUCUCGGCCCACCUCGCCACCAGGAUUCGCCUUCUCAACCUCCCCUCUCCUCCUCUUCAGGUCUCAAUGAAUUGUAUUAUAGUGAUAAGUCCAAGAAAGCAAUCUCUAACUUACGAGCAGUGUGGAUUAAAAGGAUUGAAUGUUUGACGAGGGGUGGUCAUCUCAUCCAUUAAUACGUGAGCGUCUGUAUAAAUACCUUAAUUUUCAUCAAUUUCUCACUUGGCUCUCGUUUCUUCCAGUAACAUGGGGAAGAAAUUUGAAGGUCAGAGGACAAAUUGAAAGAUGGGAUAUGAUGUUACAACCUCAAAUUUGUUGAUAUAAUUAAAAUUAAUGAGGUAUUGUCUGUUUUAUAUUUCAA